AUGAGUGAACCGGCCGGUGUGAGUGCUGGAAGGUCCCCUCAAAACUCCAGCACCCCCAACGACGAGCACUCCCAAGCCAUGCCACUGGCCACAUCUGUUGAUCCUAGUGACUAUGAAAUGGCCUCAUGCAGUGACUUCAUGGAAACCAGCAGCACUUCACAGCAAAAUACAGAUGGUGUAUCUUUUGAUGAUGUUGGAAGUACUGUUGCAGAAAGAAGUGUGAAGAUGACACCGGACGUCAUGGACCUGGGUAUCUGUAUCCGAGAGAAACUGGCACAUGUGAAAGACUGUAAAACAGGUUCGAGUGGAGUACCUGUGACUCUGGUUACAAAUCUCUUCAAUUUAGAUAUUCCCCGAGACUGGCAGCUAUACCAGUACUAUGUGACAUACAAUCCAGAUAUCAAAUCUAGAAGGCUGAGGAAUGCUUUGCUUUAUAAUCACAGUGACCUUGCUAACAAAGCAAAAGCAUUUGAUGGAGCUAUCCUUUUUCUCUCAGAAAAGCUAGAAAAAAAGGUCACAGAACUGUCAAGUAAAACUCACAGAGAUGAGACCAUAAAGAUGACUAUCACUCUAAUGUGUGAACUGCCCUUACGCUCUCCUGUGUGCAUCCACUUCUUCAAUAUCAUCUUCAAAAAGAUAUUAAAACAGUUGUUCACGUGCCGAAUUGGACGGAACUUCUAUAAGCUCUCAGAGGCAGUGGAAAUUCCCCAGCACAGAUUAUCCCUUUGGCCUGGGUUUGCCAUUUCUGUGUCACAUUAUGAAAGCAGCCUCCUGUUUAGUGCUGAUGUGAAUUAUAAAAUCCUCCGGAAUAAAAGUGUUCUGGAGCUUUUGACUGAUCUUGAGCACAGCGCUGGCAUGUCUGAAUUCACCCAGAUAUGUGAGAAACAGCUUAUAGGGCGCGUUGUCCUUACAAGAUACAAUAACAGAACCUACCGCAUUGAAAACAUCAACUGGUCGCUGAAGCCGGUGCACACCUUCCGGAGGCGAGACGGCUCAGAGAUCUCCUAUGUGGAUUAUUACGUGCAGAGAUACGGUAUUACUUUAUCUGACCUAAAUCAGCCAGUGCUUGUUAGUCUGCUUAAAAGCAAGAGAAAUGACAACACUGAACCUCAGAUUGUCCACCUGAUACCUGAGCUUUGCUUUCUAACAGGCCUGACUGCCCAAGAAGUCUUUGACUUUGAACUGAUGGAGACCAUGGCUGCAGAAAUGAGGCUGAGUCCUUUGGGCAGGCAGCAGCACUUGGACAGGCUGGCUGACAACAUCCAGAGAAAUGAAUCUGCUCGAUUUAUGCUAGAGACCUGGGGAAUAAACUUUGGAAGCCAAGUAUCUCUGACAGGCCGGAUUCUGCCUUCAGAAAAAAUAUUAAUGCAAGACCACAUAUGUCAACCUGUGUCUGCUGCUGAUUGGUCCAAGGAUAUACAAACCUGCAAGAUGCUAAGUGCACCGUCUUUGAAUAAAUGGUUGAUUUUAUGUAGUAACAGAACUGAGAAAGUGAUCCAGAGUUUUCCAAGGUGUUUGAGAAGAGUCGGAAGUUCCAUGGGCUUUAAUGUGGACUACCCUAAAAUCAUAAAAGUUCAAGACAAUGUAGCUGCAUUCAUUAGAGCUAUUCAGCUACAUGUUGACCCCAGUGUUCAACUGGUGAUGUGCAUUCUGCCUUCCAAUCCAAACUAUUAUGAUCACAUUAAAAAAUACCUGUGCUGUGACUGCCCAGUCCCAAGCCAGUGUGUGCUUGCUGAGACCUUGAGCAGAUCAGAGAUAAUGAUGAGCAUUGCCUCCAAGAUUGCCAUGCAGAUGAUCUGUAAGCUCGGAGGGGAGCUGUGGGCCGUCGAGAUUCCAGUAAGGACUCCAUUACCUAUCUCCUCUAAUAUGUAUUACAAUGUAAAUGCAACUUUAUGGACAUGGAAGACCAAUUGUGUUUUCUUGAUCCUGUGUUGUGGUAUAAAACAAGUCACUGUAGAGAUACCCCAAGAGAAGGUAAAGUGGUUUUCCCGCUGCAUCCUCCAGAAUACAAACACCAAUAUUGCGGACUGUUUAAAAGUCUUCAUGACUGGAGCACUGAAAAAAUGGUUCAAGUACAACCACUAUUUGCCAGCACGGAUAAUCGUGUAUCGAGAUGGUGUCGAGGCUGGCCAGCUAAAAACAAUUCUUGAAUGUGAAGUCCCGCAACUGCUGAGCAGCAUCAGAGAAUCCAGUCCAAGUUCCAGGCUGUCCAUGGUCGUGGUCAGGAAGAGGUGCAUGACCUGGUUCUUGACAAAAGUGGGUUACACCCUUAAGAACCCUAUUCUGGGCACUGUUGUGGAUUCAGAAGCAACACAUCCUGAGUGGUAUGACUUUUAUUUGGUCAGCCAGACUGCCCAUAAUGGUACCAUUAACCCCACCUACUAUAAUAUCAUCUAUGAUGACAAUGGCUUGAACCCUGACCACAUUCAGAGACUGACAUUCAAACUCUGCCAUCUGUACUACAACCGUCAGGGUCUGAUCAGUGUCCCAGCACCAUGCCAGUACGCACACAAGCUGACCUUUCUGGUGGCAGAAAGCAUCCACAAGGAGCCAAGCUUGGGCCUGGCUGAUUGUCUCUUCUACAUCUGAUG